GAUAAAAUGGGCACCAGAAUACGGGUGGGGCUUGGUGCUAAAUUUAACUAGUGGACUCCGUCAGCAGUCUGAGCUACAUUUGGUAACAUCGGCAUGGUCGUGUCUUAACAGGCUGAAAUAUUAUAGUCCUGUGAGGCUGGAAGUCAUUUGUAAUCAUGAAGGUGUUUAAUAGUUUACUGAAUCUGGAGAAAUGAAGUGCAGAAAUGGACUUGUCAUUUUGUCAGCUAAAAUAAUUUAAUCCUUGUCUUUGGUAAAAUGUUAGUUCCUUUUUUUUUUUCUUUUUUUUUAAGUGUGACAGUCCCAGAUGUUUGUUUAAUGAACUCCCCUCUCUGGUUAAAGUAACAGAAAGCACUUGUUAGUAUUAUUGGCAGUUUAUUGCUGCCCUGCUUUUAAAGGUGAACUAGAACUACAUCAAUUUACUAAAUAUACAAUUCAGCAGCACAAACCAGUUCUUACAUAUUUUGACAGGUAAGUUCUUUUUCAUCUCGAAUAAAUCAGAGGGAUAAUAGAUACUCGUCACACUCUAACACAAAGUCGGUUAAACUUCAGGCAAUUGAUCUGUCCAGUUAGAAAGCUAGAACCAAUAUGAAUCCAUUUCACCUGCUUUGGGACAUUAAAAGUGACAACUGAUGCAAUGGGGAGUCAACAACCUUUGUGUGACUCUGCCAACCUGGCAGAGUCACACAAAGGUUCUGGUUCUUGUAGCAGUCUCAAGAGGUUAGAGGGGCAUCAGCCCAGCAGCAGGAAUAAUAUCUGCUCCUUUUUCCAUAGAGAAUCAGAGGGAUCCCUACCAGAACUCUGGAAAAUGCCCUCCAGCCUGGUUCAUGUUUGUGACUGGACUCUGGACCUGGCUCCAUGGUGGUGACACGAGGUCCUGGUAUCUUUUAGUAAGAUCUGCAAUCACAGUUGUGCCCCAUGCAGCUUGAUAGGUCCACCACUGGCACCCUGUUCUUUACACAGAUGAGAACAAGCUCAUGCUAAGCACCUUGGUGUGUUCAAGUGACGGAGUGUAGGGACACCAUGGCAAAUGUUAUACUGCCCCCAACAACAUGGAUUUGCAACAGUUUAUUCUUCAUAACCGGACAGAUUGAUAUCCCUGCAGUGUAACCAACUUGGUGUAAAUCAACUUAUUUAAUAAAUUAUGGAAUCUCCUAUCCAAAAUGUCCAAGACCAACUUUAUUGUCACACUAUUCAACAUUACAAGGCAGGUACUCCAGAAGGAGCUUAUAAGCAUAUUUUACAUCUGGUUAAUUAUUGAACUGGAGACAAAAUCUUGAGUGCCCACCUUGAAGCUUUGGAGAUUGUUUAGAUCUUCUGUGCCUAAGGUCAGUCCGAAUUAUUUGAAUUUCAUGGUUUGUAGCUUAUUUGCAGCAAGUUGCAGCAUCAAUAUUCCAAGUUGUGCCCACUGGCUGCUGUUCUAUCAGAGAUGACUUUAUGAUAAGGAAAUCCCAUCAUUGCUUCUCCUACUUUAGAUAACGAAAAAGGACUUCAAACUCCUGGCUGGGAUGCUCAGGGACUUCUACUCUUACACUAUAGAAAGCAUCCUUAGUCGGAGCAUCACGACGUUGAUGGUGGCCCUCAGGAGUGUAGUUACUUCAGUGAAGAGAAUGAGGCGGAACUUUUACCUUCAAGCUGCGAGACUGCUAAAUGAGACUGCAACUCACACACUGCCUAUCUGAUACUCAGCUACUCAACUGAUAGCUGUUAACCAGCUAUCUAACACAAUGGGGGGUGCUGAUUGGAAUACUUCUCUAUUUCUCUUUCUUUUGUACAGCCAGUCUGGCACUUAAGCAUUUCACUACACAUUAUAGAUGUGUAAUUGUGUAUGUGGCAAGUAAUUAAAUUCUUCAAGAUGUAGCGGUAUAAAUACACUUAAUAUGUUGAAAUAAAUUCCUUUAACGUGUUCACUACAAGUAUAAUAUGAGCCUUGAAAGAUUUUAAUAUACAAUAAAUUACAUUUGACAGUAAUUUUGAGGUAGGUUUGCUUAUCAGCCGCUAGAGGGACCUUUGGCCAUUUUUUAUACUUGCGAAUGUAGGAGCAGAUUCAAACCAAUUUUUAAAAAUGCGUAAAUUUCACGCUGAAUAAAACAAAUGACUUUAUUUACAUUAACAAUUUUUAAUGCUGUUGUGUGUACAGUGUUAUGUGUCAAUGUGAAAGUUACCUGUAUUUAGUUUCAGCUUUGACGAAAGUGCCGGUGAGUAAUCGCAGGUUGCAUUUUGAACACACUGAUGGAGAACAGGCGAGGCUUUCAGUUGUAGGAUGGAUCCAGACGGUGGGGCAGAUUCACAAAAAGCUGUCAGUUUGCAGUGGAAAAGCUACAAACUCGUCCAGGACCCAGCCAUUAGGCGUGUCACCCAGAAGAUCUACAGAUAUGAUGGAGUGCAUUUCAGUGUGCCAGACUCUGGAUUUCCACCUGUGGGAGAACUGCGAGAUCCAAGACCCCGGAGACUGUGGUCCAGAUAUACAGAGCUGUCUCUGCCAGUGCCAAAGUUUAAGCUUGAUGAGUUCUAUGUGGGUCCCAUACCUCUCAAGGAGGUGACCUUUGCUCGACUCAAUGACAACAUCAAGGAACCCUUCUUGGCAGAAAUGUGUGCCAAGUUUGGUGAGGUGGAGGAGAUGGAGAUUCUGUUUCACCCCAAGACUAGAAAGCACCUAGGCCUGGCCCGAGUAUUGUUCACCAGCACCAGAGGAGCCAAGGACACAGUCAAGCAGCUGCACAACACCUCUGUCAUGGGGAACAUCAUUCAUGCUCAGUUGGAUAUAAAAGGUCAACAGAGGCAGAAAUAUUAUGACCUGAUAGUAAAUGGGUCCUACACUCCUCAGACAGUGCCUCUAGGAGGCAAGGCUUUGACAGACAGGCUUCAGCCUCAGACUACAACACAGCCACAGCCUGACACGCCAUCAGAAAUGAGGCGAAGGCUUUCCAGUGAGCUUGCAGUUUUGGCAGCAGGGGUCCAGGCCCUCACAUCGGGAAAUGUCACACCUUCUGUAGAGACUGGCUAUGAUCAGCGUCUAGACACGCCCCCCUCCUCCAUGGCAGGUCCUUACACCCCAAGCUCCUCUGCGUCAUCUCAGGGUGGGGGAGGAACACCUUACAGCUCAAGAUCUGGGACCCCUUUUUCACAAGACUCGGGCUAUGCUGGUGGAAGGCAUCCUGGUUACAAUACUGGCACAAUGGGCAGCGGCUACCCUCCCCAGGACAUGUUACCUUCCUCAUCUUCGUCUUCUGCAGUCUCCUCGACGGUUGGAGGAUACAAAGUGUCACGCUACUCUGAUGAAGCACAGGAACCUUCAGUGUAUCACCGGGGUCGUCCUAUGUACCCCCCAACAACAUCAUACCGUCCCAAUGAGCCACCAUGCUACCCCCCUUACCCUAAUGUUGGAGGACCUGGGCCACACAUGGCACACCACUCCUCAAUGCCCCCACCACCUCUUGCCAACCAAUAUGAUCAGCCCUUAAUGUCAGAAAGGGAGAGGGAGCGUGAAAGAGACUCAGGGGGACGGUAUGGGCCAGCGGGGAUUGGUUCCAGGAGGUCAUCUUAUCAUCACCAGCAAGACACAAACUCUUCCUCAAAGUACCAUUCCCAUCAUUCCCACCACCAUUCAGAUCGCAGGGAUGACAGGGGGUACAGGCGAGACAGCCUGGGCUCUCGGUCAGGUGACCACGGCCACCAGAGACACCGCAACCACCACCAUUCUCACAACCACCAUGGCAGCAGCAGCCGCAGAAGAAGCAGCCAUGACCGGGACAGAGACAGAGACAGAGAUCGAGAUAGAGACAGGGACAGUGACUACUCUAACAGUUCGGAUCCCAGGUACAAUUCCAACUCGUACCGCUCUUCAUCUAACAGCAUGUCUCCUCCCCCAUCAUCUUACUCUACAUACUCCUCCAAAGAGCCUGCCCCAGCCCCUCCUCAGGGAUUGGACGUUUCCACUCGCCUAGGGAGCACAAGUCUCACAGAGAGGGGUUCUCUGCCUUCAUUAGGUGCUGAAAAAGACUACCAUGGUCACCACAGUGCUCUCCCUCCACCUCCCACACCUCCUCUCCCACCAGCUUCUGUUAUUGCAGCAGCUGUAGCAGAAACACUUGGAACACUGGACUUCAACCAGGAUAGUCCUGCUAGUGAAGAACAAUGGACAAAACCCAAACGUCGUCCCAGCACCCCACCUGCCCCACCCAAGACACCCCCGCCUUCUUCUCCGCCCCACCCCACCAUUGCUUCCUCUUCUAAUUCUCCUUCUUCUACUUCCCUUCCCCACCAUCUUUCAUCUUCUUCUAGCUCCCCUCCACCCCCUCAAAGGGACUCGUCCUCCCCAGAGCCAGAUUCCACCAAUGAGAGUUUACCGUUUGUCUACCACAGCAGCAGUCUGGACUCUCGUAUUGAGAUGCUUUUGAAGGAACAAAAAGCUAAAUUCUCUUUUCUUGCCUCUGAUGAAGAAGAUGAGGAGGAUAGGAAAGAGGAGAAGCAUGGGGGUGGAAGUGGAGCUGGAACAAGACGUGGGUCAAGUGAUGCGAAAGGGGAGCGGGAACAGGUGGGGGACAAUGGCGAGAAAGACCACAGGAGGAAAGGGGAAAGAGACAGAGAUGGCCACAGAGGAAGAAAAAGGGGAAAAGGGGGAGAAGGCAGGAAGAGCCCCACAGUACUUACAGCAUCUACACCACCCGUUUCUACUUAUUCUCCCCACAUCCCACCCCCAGAGGAAACUCAGGCCCAAGUCGGCCCAGCUGGUCCUGGAGCAUUGCAGGAAGAGUCUUCACAGGCUGGAUCUGCUGAUGCACAGAGCCGGACAGGAGCCCACACACCACCUUUUAAUGGACAGAGUCAGGCCUCUCCUCAUUCCUCAGGAGAAGACAUGGAGAUCUCAGAUGAGGAGGAGGAGACUACGACCAUAACAACCGUGACCACCCACCAGCCAUCAGUCACCUCAGGAUCCUCACCUUCUUCAUCUCAGGCUGCCAUGACUUCACAAACAACAGACCCCUCAUCUUCACCCCCACCCAUCUCUGACUCUGCACAGCACUUUGGCACCUCCAUGCACCCUCCCAUACCAUCCUACCCCCCUCAUCUGCCCCCUCCACCACCCCCUGGUUACUCCCUACAACCCCCACCUCCACCAGGGAUUCCUCCCCUUCCUCACAUGGAGCUGCAUCCUGAGUAUCCUCCCCCCAUGCCUCACCACAUGUAUGACUAUGCCAGCUCCAUGGAGCUGAUGAACCAGUACAGUGGUGGAACCCCUAUGUCUUUCCAAAUGCAGACCCACAUGUUAAGUCGCCUACACCAGCUGCGCAUGUCAUCAUCCAAUGGCACCACAGGCCCGGGUGAGGCAGCUACUGCAGACUACAAUUCCUACCAUCUCCACUCUAUUCCACAACAUCACACACACCACCCCUACAUGGACCAAGAGGGCAAUGGGGCAGGCACUCAUUAUGACCAAGACCACCGAUACAUGCCACCCCACAUGACCUAUCCCUACCCCGAUCCCCACAGCACUCAAAUACCACCCCAUCCACACCAUGGUAUCCCGCCUCCACACACUGGCUGGCCUCCACAUGUCUUACCGCCACACUACCCAUCUUAUAUGCCCCCACCUGGCUAUGGCACGAUGCUGCCUGGGGAUGGAGAUGAGUACAGGGCUCCAGGGGAGGAGAUGUCCAUGCUGGCAGAGAAUCCUCAUGAAGCCACAGUGCAGAUGGUCUUGGCCACUCUUAUCCAAGAAAUGAAGAACAUCAUGCAAAGGGACCUGAACCGCAAGAUGGUGGAGAAUGUAGCCUUUGCCACCUUUGACGAGUGGUGGGAGCGGAAAGAGACCAAGGCCAAGCCAUUCCAGACGAUGGUUAGGGGGGUUUCUGCGUUACGGGAUGAAGAGAAAAAAGAGGAAAAGGUCAACCGUCCACGGGAGCCUCUCAUGUCUCUUGUGGAUUGGGCAAAGAGUGGUGGCAUGGAGGGAUUUUCUCUCCGUGGAGCACUACGACUGCCUUCUUUCAAGGUGAAACGGAAAGAACCUCAAGAGUUUGAAGAGGGCGACAUGAAACGGCCACGGCCCUCAACACCACCGGAUGAAGAUGAUGAAGCUGCUGACGAGAGAUUACCAGAGGCAGACAGGCAUGGAGCUGAAAGGGACAACAAGAGGAGGAAAAAGAAGCCAAGAAAUCGGAAACCCUGGGAGCUUGACAGUGAGGGAGAAGAAACAUCUGAUGGUUCUUCUACUGAAAAGGAGGAUGAGGAAGACGAAAGUGGAAAAGAGUCUGAUGAUGAUGUCCUCAGUGCAGACAGUGAUGACGAGAGCCUCUCAUCCUCUUCUGAAGGCUCUUCAUCUUCAGGAUCUUCAUCUUCAUCCUCAGAAGAGGAUGAAGAUGAAGAGGAAGGAGAGCGGGCAGAGAGUGAAGGACCAGACAGCAUGGAUGAGUCAACUAUGGAUAGCACAACUGAGAAAGACAAUGAGAGGGAAAAUAAUGCAGCUGUUCCAAAGGCAGAGGUCAAAACAGGUGAUACAAAAGAUGGCAAGGCAGACACAACGGCGCCUACCAAACAUCCCCCCUCACCACCAUACCCACGCCCUACAUCCCCUAUCGUUCUUGUGCCCCCUCUCAAGAAGCGCAAAAAGACAGUCUCCUUCUCUACAGACGAGAACGAAAGCAAAAUGCAAUUGCCAGCUGCACCACCAUCUCCGUCGCAAGUUUCGGGUGAAUCUCCCCUCCUCUCAGGCAGGCUUCCAGACUCACCCAUCACUGCAACCUCACCCAAUUCAUCUCGUCCCAGUCAGGGCAUCCAGCUGCUUCCCUUUGCCUCUAAACCAGGCGAAGGGAAUGCUCUCAUUGUGCCCCCAUCUGGACGAACCCAAGAUACCGAGGAGACCAAGAGAGGACCCCUCAUUUCUCCCCAGACUACCCCAGUCAAAUCCCCUAGCAAACGCGGUGCAGGCAAAGAGUCUCCCAAAUCUCCUGCUCCUCCUGUUAUGGUGUGCCGCACUGUGCAGAACCUGCCUUUGGACCAUGCCUCUAUGUGUAGGAUGGCCUUUGAGGAGGCCCCAGCACCACCAUCUGUCAACAAAAGGUCCAGAGGCAGACCACGGACAUCUAGCCUGUCUACUUCUUCCUGUCACUCUCUCAGAGAGGAAGAUGAGGAUGAGGAAGAAAGUGAGCAGAGGUUAAGACUAAGAGAACAGGUUGGGGCCUCCAGCCUCCUGCAGCUGGCCUCUGCUUCAACAACUGACCUUUCUGUGUUAGCUGAUGUGGCUUUGAAAAUGGACCCUGAUCCUGGAGACUCAGAGGAGACAGAAACAUCUGAUGAAGCAGAGGAGCACAAGAUGGAAGGAAAUUACUUCGCCCCAGAGUCACUGGCUCUCCUUAUGAGUCCAGGGGCUGUAAUCGUCCUUAUGGAGCACAACUACUGCAAACCCCCUGUUGUACCAGUACCAACUGGUGCCAAAAGGACUUCCUCCAGACAAGAUUCUUCUGUUUUGCUCCCAGCUGACCUCAACUCUAUUUCUGGGGUGCUUGAAGCACCAGAGGAAGUCAUUGGAGAUCCACUUACGUCACGGGGAGAUGCAGGAGAAUUCUUUUCUGCAGUGGGAGAGAUGUGUGACUCUGAGGAUACGGGCCAGGUUACGCCGGUGUCUCCAUCACCAAAGAAGAAGAACCUAAUUGGCAAGGGUUUUGAAGCUGAAGAGGAAAAAAGCAAAAAGAGGAAGAGAAAAGAUAAAGAAAACCUUGAGGUUCAUCACACAAAAAAGCAGAAGGAGCAGCCAGGCAAGAAACAGAGGAAGCGGAAAUUAGAGGACUCAGAUUUGGACGAAGAUGUGGAUGUGGAGGAGCUUGAAUCUGGGGAGCUGUCCAGCUCAGACACUGAGGAAGAGUUGGUUGAAGAAGUGAGGAAGAGUGAGCGGCUCUUUUUGCAAGAAGCAGGAGUAACAACAUCCCAGAACUGGUCGAAACCUGUCCCAGCGCCUGAGCCACCAGCUGUGAAGUUUGACAACCGCAGUGAAUUUGAGCAGAUGACCAUCUUGUAUGACAUCUGGAACUCUGGUCUGGAUGGUGAAGACUUGUUGUUUUUGAAGAAGACUUAUGAGAAGCUGCUGCAGGAUGACCAUAGCUCUGACUGGCUCAAUGACACUCAUUGGGUCAACCAUACUAUAACCAAUUUGCCAAAUCCUCGCCGCAAAAAGAAGAACACAGAUGGGCAGCUUCGUGAGCAUGUGACCGGUUGUGCCAGGAGCGAGGGGUACUACGCCAUCAGCCGCAAGGAGAAGGAUGUCUACCUGGACCUUGACCUACCCGAGCAGGUCAUACGGGAGGUGGAGAAUGUCGACACCUCGGGUGCUAACCGAGUGCUAUCAGAGAGACGUUCAGAGCAGCGCCGCCUCCUCACUGUCAUCGGCACCACUGCCGUCAUGGACUCUGACCUGCUUAAACUCAACCAGCUUAAGUUCCGAAAGAAGAGGCUUCGUUUCGGACGCAGCCGAAUCCACGAAUGGGGUCUGUUUGCGAUGGAGCCCAUUGCUGCUGAUGAGAUGGUCAUUGAGUAUGUGGGUCAAAACAUAAGACAGAUGGUGGCUGACAAUCGAGAGAAGCGUUACGCACAGCAGGGCAUCGGGAGCAGCUACUUGUUCAGAGUGGACCAUGAUACGAUUAUAGAUGCCACCAAGUGUGGGAACCUGGCACGAUUCAUCAACCACUGCUGCACUCCAAACUGCUACGCCAAGGUCAUCACCAUAGAGUCCCAGAAAAAGAUUGUGAUCUACUCAAAGCAACCCAUUGCCGUCAACGAAGAGAUCACGUACGAUUACAAGUUCCCACUGGAGGAGAACAAGAUCCCUUGUCUGUGCGGAACGGAGAACUGUCGUGGGACGCUCAACUAGUCAACGCACUUCUCUACCACACUUACCAAUGGCCAAUGGCCAGCCAUACCCGUAAACACCUCGCUUUCCCCAUGAGUUCGCUCUCCUAAAUGUGUAACUUGAACCACCCCAGUACCCUAUGCUGCCCCUCCUCAUGGCCUCAUAGCCAGCCUCACAGUACCUAGGACGUAGACACGCACACACUUGGCACUUUUCACACGCAGUUUUCAUUCUCUAGGCAGUUCCACAAGCUAGUGGGUGAUGGAUUGGUGUCAUCUGGCUCUCGAUGCAUGACAAGGCCUUUAGCAUCAGCUCGUUAGUGGCAGUAUUACUGGACAAAACCGGGUGCUCCAAGGAAGUUGUUGCGUCAGUCAGGGCAUGAAGGAUUUGUCUGAUUCCAUGCCGACAUCCGUUUGAAAGGAGACAAUGUGGAGAAAAAAAUAGAAAAGGACAAACGUUUAUUGGCACUCUCUCAGACAUGGCUUCAUUACUCUUUUAAAGUGACGGCAUCAGUCAGACAUGGGUCAUUUUUAUGUUCCUCGUGACUUACUUUCAAAAGGAUUAUAUUUUUGUAAAUAACUAUUGUUAGUAUCAACUUUAGUGAAGUGAAACUACAAUUUCGGUGUCCAUUUCCUUUGCCAUUAUCUCUAAGAGCAGCACUUGUUCACGUGUUUGCAUGCUGCUGUGGAAGUUGUAUUGUGCGUCUCAUAAUCAGCCUCUGAAAUAUUGUUUUUUCUUUAUUGGGUGUAGCUGAAACAAAUCGGUGAGGGACGCUUUGAUCUUUAAUAAAAGCAGUCGGUAGGAAAAAUGUCGUCCAGAAGUUACUGCUGAUUAGGGCACUUAAUAAUUCACAAACAUGCACAAGACGUGCAAAAAUAAUAUUGUGCAUAACUAUCUGUAGGCUUGGCAGCAAGCAGAGCUGUGCCAGGCUCCUACUCUCUAAGAUUUUCUUUCUGACAGUUACAGAAGCCAGGGUGUUUAUCCAGAUGUGAAGCAGAGGCAUUUGGAUGCCGUCACGUUAAUGAUAAGGAGUUCAUGUCUGAAAGGGGCUUUCUUUUGUCGGCGUCGUCCAGGAGUCACUCCUCUAGUGUCGAAUUCCUUCUGUAACCACGCACCCAUACAAAUCCGCACAGAGACGCACACGAAUACCAGAAAAAUUCAGGGUUUUUAGACUCGCUCACUAAGGGCGUAACUUUUAAGAUAAAUCACUUCAAUCAAUUUGGUCUUCAGUUAUGCAAGAUUUCCAAGCGUGAGGGUUAUUUUGGAGCUUUUUUUAAAAUUUCAUUUCAUAGUAUUAUAUUAUAUUACUAUUGCUGUUAUUAAUGGUAUUGUUACUUAUUUGCAUUAGCUGUAAGUAUAUUACAGUGAAAUGAGCUUCAGUGUACCCAUCCACUGUCCUCAGUGGCUUUGUGAUCCACCAGCCCUAUAAAUCCUUUCUCCUCUCUCCACUGUGUGUUACUCUCCUGUUUUGCAACAGUCUGUAUGAGAGUAAAGCCGUUUUAACCCACUGUGAAAAUGUGUAAUUUAGGUUUCAGCUUACAGUGUGUGUGGGUUGUUUUUUUUUUGGUUUUUUUUUUUUAAAUGCCACUGCUAAACUUUUAUAUUCCCCUUUUUGUUUUUUUGGUUUUUUUUGUUUGUUUUUUUCUUCUCCAAACUUAUGGAUACUGACAUAGGUGCUUUUAACAAAUUAUUUGUGCGCUCUUUGUGGGUUCUUUAUUCAUCUACAAUAAUUAGGGCUGUGCUUGUGAAAUGCAGUUGAGCACAUGUCCAGUGGGGGUGGGAUCAGAAAUUGUCAAUGACUGUUUCUAUCACCAACACAAUGGAGGGGGAGUGUAUACGUUCAUAACUCACAUCGCUUGUUUGUCAGCGAUGAUUUGGCACGCUAUCUGCUGUGUCAACAGAGAAGUCGCAAAAGUAUGUUCCGUUGUCGACAAGGUCACGUCCCUGUUUGUGGGUGAAUUCUAAAGAUUCACAAAGGACGCAAUCCUAUUAGCAAUGACGCUGGUUUCACAGCCGUUGCGUUUGUUGGUUAAAAGCAUGUAUGUCAGUGACGUAAGUCAAGAAAAGGUUUUGUUGCUGCUUACAAUAUAUCACCCUAUUUCGUUUCAACACGCGCACAAAUUCCUGUUUAAACAAUUGACAAAAGCGUUUUCUGCAAAUCCUUCUCCCUAGUUGCUUUGUUAAGUUCUGAAUUACACAAGUGAGUUUGUGAACAAUGCUGCUGGCUUUGCAGCCAUUUGCUACAAGUUUUCAUUUCUAGCAGAGCCCCAAGUCAAAUAAAGUUAUAAUAAGAAGAAGAACUCCUUCGAGGUAAACUUGGCUGUUUGUAAGGCACAUAUAUUUGAUUUGGUUUCUGUUCAAAGACUUAAAGUUCUUGUUUUCCCCUUGUGUUGCAGAUCUUUGCAGAAUUCAUGAGAAUGCAUUAUAUUUUACUUCAGUCAUCCCUUCUGAAAGAUUGCAACUCAAAAAAAAAAAAAAUCCUGCUUACAGUCUGUUUGCAUUGUAGAUAGGUGAAAGUGUCCGUGUCCCUGCGAGGUUAACAAUCCUAGCCAGUUUCUGAUACGUUGCAGACGGGGAUUUCAGUGACCUUUUGUGUUGUCUUUUUUUUUAUUUUCAUGGCUAUGGCCGUCCAAAGUUUAACUUUGAUGUUGAACUUUUAACUAAACUCCUGUUUUUUGUUCUUUCCCAAACAGGAAAAUGUGUAAGAUAUUUCUUGUUGCAAUGAAAGCCUUUCAGUACAAACCAACCCUCUUUAAUAAAGGAGAAAAAGAUGAAAGGAAAAAGCAAAAACAAAAAAACAAAGAAGUACAUGUAAAUAUUGUAGAGGUGUUUGUUUCUUGUAGAAACACACUGAUUCCAAGCUGUAAAUAUGUUGUUCCGUUUCCUUACUCAAUGAGGAGGAAACAUGUACAUACCUUCCAUUCAUUUAUUUUUUAUUGUUUUUCCUUUUAAUUUGAUGAUUAUUUUAAUAUUAUUUGCAAUAUUUCUCUUGUAUUAAUGCGUUGGACCCUUUAUUAAUGGUGCAUUAAAAUAUUUUUUAAAUAAAUGAAAAUCUUGUGUUUUUCUUUACCAAGUCAGUGUCCUGCUGGAUAUGGAUGUUCAGAUUGGAAACAAGCGUGAGAGUUUGACUUCUAGUUGAUCGCUCUCUUAUGCCACUUUAAGGGCAUGUUGGUUGAGCAGGAAGUUGUGUGCCGGAAAUGAAUGCAUCUGCAACUGUCAUAGACUGUAAGAGGAAGCAGUGAAAUCUGAUGAGAACAGAUGGUGACCUGAGUUGACGAGGCUACAGCUGGCUAACAUGUGCCCCUAUAUGCACUAAAAAGGGAGAGCAUCUUUUUAGUGCUCUCCCUAUAAGGCCAACUUUCUUCUGAUCCACUGUUCCUCACAGUGAAAAGUAGGUGAGUGUGUUCAAGAGGCAAACAUAUUAAAAACAUCAGCAGAAAAACAUGGACCAUUUUGUGUAAGGCAUUACUUUUACAUUCACAGGUCUCCUGAUCCAUUUUACUAUAACAAUAUAUUCAUGACAGAAGGAAAGUAAAGGAAGCAAGAUGAGGCCCCCGUAGCUCCCCUCAUCACUUUUGAAGCCAUUGGCUACUGGUUAAAAGUUAUUGAGGGCAAUAAAGGCACCAGGUUCAGGUUUGUUAUUCUCAAAACAAGUUGGCUAGAGCCCGUCAAAUAUUUGUAAGUUCAUGAUGUCCCUCAGGCACAAGGAAGGGUAUGUUAUGUUCUCAAACUAGCGCCACUGUGGCACCAGUGCGCCCCAGGGUGGCUGUGGCUACAAUGUAGCUGCCAUCACCAGUGUGUGAAAGGGUGGAUGACUGGUUGUGUAAAGCGCUUUGGGGUCCUUAGGGACUAGUAAACCGCUUUAUAAAUACAGGCCAUUUACCACUUGACUGGCCAUUUACCACUUAGGUUACAUAAGGUGUAGCAGAGAUGAAUGAAGCUGAUGUUGCUUAGGUUCAUUUACUGAAUUCUAAUUUCAUACCAACUUAAUUCAGUCUAGUAUAAAGUUCGUAUAAACAGUAUACUGUCAGUGUAGAGGAUGGAAAUUAGCCAGGACAACUCAUGAAACAUCUGAUGACAUCUGGUUGAAUUCAGUCCACAAAGAGAAGCAGGCCAGCUGAUCACAGCCUGUACACUAAGGAAAUCUACUGGAGCCCUCAAUAGAAAGUAUUGGGAGUUGUGAUUCUUUUCCCCACGCUGAGCCAUUAGAACCAAUUUUAGGGUUCCUCCAUGCGAUGGGCCGAGCAGUGAAGGAAACUCUGGCACAGGUUAAAGUCCAAAAUAAAGUUUUUUUUCUUUUUAUUUAACCCAAAAACAAAGUUGGUUACAUUACACAAAAAAAUCUAAAUCUUGGGUCAAAGUAACAGAACUCUACUCAAAGUUGACAAACAAUACUUAUAACUCA